AACACUUGUCAGCUGAUCACAUGAUAUGACCAAGCAGCUAGCCACUUCCUGUGUAGACUGUUAGCCAAAUCACACACAGACGGACGCCGACAGUGCGACUACUCUGUCAUCCAAGAUGCUGGCUCUCAUAAACAGGCUUUUGGACUGGUUCAGGUCCCUGUUCUGGAAAGAGGAGAUGGAGCUGACACUGGUGGGACUGCAGUACUCUGGAAAAACCACAUUCGUUAACGUGAUUGCAUCAGGCCAGUUCAGUGAAGACAUGAUUCCCACAGUGGGCUUCAACAUGCGGAAGGUCACUAAAGGCAACGUGACGAUAAAGAUAUGGGACAUAGGUGGACAGCCCCGCUUCAGAAGCAUGUGGGAGCGCUACUGUAGAGGAGUUAAUGCCAUCGUAUACAUGGUGGACGCUGCAGACAGAGAGAAGAUAGAAGCUUCCAGAAAUGAACUUCACAACCUUUUAGACAAGCCACAGCUACAAGGAAUCCCUGUUCUAGUACUGGGCAACAAACGAGACCUACCCAACGCACUUGAUGAGAAGCAGCUCAUUGAAAAAAUGAAUCUAUCUGCCAUUCAAGACCGAGAGAUCUGCUGCUACUCUGUCUCCUGCAAAGAGAAAGACAAUAUAGAUAUCACACUGCAGUGGCUCAUCCAGCAUUCAAAGUCACGAAGAAGCUGAAAGUGAAGACCCCUCCCCAGUUGCAGCUCCGGCCUCAGCCCCCUAAUGGUCAUGGUCCUCAACAGCCAUCCCUUUCACUGCCUCUGUGAAGUAAUCCAGCUCUUUCUGCUCACUACCAUCACCACCUGCACCACCCAGUACACUAUCGUAGUUGUGUAGCCCCUGUACAGCACUACCACCACCCCAAGUAUCUGGAGCUGUGAAAAUGUUAGAGUACUGUGCUCGAAGGUGGAUCGUCCAUACCCAUCAAGCCUUACUGCCCAUCAUUGCAGACAUACUAUCUCCCUGUGUACAUCAAGAUUUUUAUUUAAUUGCAUUUUUUUCCUUUCAACACAAGAAUUUUAAACUGCUUCAGUGCACUGUUCCCCAGCUACACUAGGAUGAAGCUCCCAUGUUUAAACAUCUAUUCAGUUGCCUGUCAGUACUUGGUGUUUAUGUGACAAGGAUGUGAUUGUAGUUCUUAACUGUGACUUGCCAAAUAAUGAUGGUUGCUAAUGCCAAUGCCUUCAAUUCCCCAAAAACACUCAUACAAAUGUAGCCUGCUUUUUACUUGCUGGCAUAUGGAAGUAUCUAUAUUAUUAAGUGACUUAAACUAAAGUUUACACAUAGCAUUAAGACAGUCAGAAGGUGAGACUGCGAGUGGUCAUUGUGUCUGAAUGUGUCUGAGUUUUAAGUGCCUUUGGCUAAAAGUGAGUACUCCAAUCAGUGAUUGGCCAAUACUUCAAACCCACUAUUAUAAACACUUGUUAUAGGCGCUGCAUAAUUCACUUUAUUACAUUUAACAUCACCCCCUUGACAAUCUCCUUUUGUGUUUUGUAAUCAGAUAAGCAUUAUGAUGUCUGAGUAAUGACUACUGUGUAUUAAUGUAGAACAACAAGGAUUGACGUAAUGGAUGUUGGGGAUGUGAGGUAAAUGAGAUUAUGUUACAUUUGUUUGGUUGAAGGGUAAUUUAAAUGCUGUUUCACUCGUAGCCUCUGACUAUUUGAUGUAGCUUGAAAUGUGGGCUAACUCGCUUGCAGUUCUCAGGUUGUUGGAGGAUUUUUUAGAAAACAAUGUCUGACCACAUUUCGGGUGUGCCCUCGUACUUGUUUUUUAAUCUCUAAGUUGUUUGGGUUGGAGGACAGAACGCCAGAACUAGUCAUGAUGACUGUGCUUCCAGUGAACGUGACUUCAAAGCGCUGGGUAUUUAAUGGCAUCCAUGCCAGCCACACCCACGUCUGAAUCCUGAUAUGUUUUGUCGUAGAAGCCUUAGCAGUCCAGGGACAAUGCUGUCUCCUCUAAAAGUGUAAGUAUUGAUCUUUUCCUGUCAACGCCAAGACAGUGAAUUCUCACAGGUUUGACCUCUCUCUGUAUAUCAUGGACAACAUACUUGGCCAGUGCUUCUUGAUCAAUUUGACUUAUUUUUCCAUGUGUGAGCAUCACUGAAUCAUGGCUACUAUACUGUAUGAAGGCCUUCAUGGCUUCUACAUUUUACUGCAAUGUCUCGAUCAUCCACAACACCCUCUGUUAGCUCACACGUUGUUCUGUGUCUGUUGGUGAUCGUUGUAAUCCUAAAUGUUUGAUUUCGGGACCACAGCAGCAGCAGCAGUGAGGGGCUGUAGAUUUUGGGUGACAGUGUUGGAAAUUUGGGGAAAGCUUUGUUACCUGUGUAAUAAUAUAGCCUAUUUGCAAUUUGUAUGUGCAUGUGCUGAAUUUAUUCACAUUCAAUUGCAGGCUUUGUAAAUAAGAAGUUAGCAUUUUUAUUCCGACAAAUGCUCCUGUAGAUGUCAUGUAUUCUUCCCCAGUGAUUGCUAAUAAAUUUGUUUUUAUUUUUAAGGAUCAUAA